AUGGCCUGGACCAAGUACCAGCUGUUCCUGGCCGGGCUCAUGCUCGUCACCGGCUCCAUCAACACGCUCUCGGCAAAGUGGGCGGACAACUUCGUGGCCCCAGGCUGUGGAGGGAGCCAGGAACACAGCUUUCAGCACCCCUUCCUCCAGGCAGUGGGCAUGUUCCUGGGAGAGUUCUCCUGCCUGGCUGCCUUCUACCUCCUCCGGUGCAGAGCUGCGCGGCACCCAGACACCAGCGCAGAUCCCCAGCAGCCCUUCAACCCUCUCCUUUUCCUGCCCCCAGCCCUCUGCGACAUGACAGGGACCAGCAUCAUGUAUGUGGCCCUGAACAUGACCAGUGCCUCCAGCUUCCAGAUGCUGCGGGGAGCCGUGAUCAUCUUCACAGGCCUGUUCUCGGUGGCGUUCCUGGGACGGAGGCUGGCGCUGAGCCAGUGGCUGGGCAUCCUCGCGACCAUCGCCGGGUUGGUGGUGGUGGGCCUGGCCGACCUCCUGAGCAAGCAUGACAGCCAGCACAAGCUCAGCGAAGUGAUCACAGGGGAUCUGUUGAUCAUCAUGGCCCAGAUCAUCGUCUCCAUCCAGAUGGUGCUGGAGGAGAAGUUUGUCUACAAGCACAACGUGCACCCACUGCGGGCAGUCGGCACAGAGGGCCUCUUUGGCUUCGUGAUCCUCUCCUUGCUGCUGAUACCCAUGUACUACAUCCCCGCCGGCUCCUUCAGCGGAAACCCUCGAGGUACCCUGGAGGACGCGCUGGACGCCUUCUGCCAGGUGGGCCGACAGCCUCUCAUCGCACUGGCACUGCUGGGCAACAUCAGCAGCAUCGCCUUCUUCAACUUCGCGGGCAUCAGCGUCACCAAGGAGCUGAGCGCCACCACCCGCAUGGUGCUGGACAGCCUGCGCACCGUUGUCAUCUGGGCGCUGAGCCUGGCGCUGGGCUGGGAGGCCUUCCACCCGCUGCAGAUCCUUGGCUUCCUCAUCCUCCUGGCGGGCACCGCCCUCUACAAUGGGCUGCACCGCCCACUGCUGGCCCGCCUGUCCAGGGGCCGGCCCCCGGCCGAGGAAGGCGAGCGUGAAAGGCUGCUGGGGGGCUCUCGGACUGCCAUCAACAAUGCCAGCUGA